AUGCACUCCACAAUGCUAUCUGCAGCAGCAGCCCUCCUCCUCUUCACAGCUUCCAUUCAAGGAACUGUGACUAAGCGAGCACCAGCAAAUUGUACUGCAACGAAAGACUACCCAGGCUUUGCAAAAAUAAAAUAUCUCUUCUCAUUGUCUGUUUCCCUCCUCUUCCUCCUAUAUAAUAACUCCAACUCUGGACUAUACAACCCAGAAAAGCGCUAGCGAGAACAAAAAGAAGAAACAUCAACUAACUUCCCACCAGCGGAGAUUCCUACACCCAAACCGGCUUCAACGAAAACGACAAGCAACCCUCAGCCGAGAACCCCAUCGGCAAUCCCCCCUUCCCAGGCUACACAUCCUCCAACAACGCACCAAACUGGAUCGGCUACCUAACAGCGACCAAAAACGCCUCGCAGCUACUGACCUACAACGUCGCCUCGGGAGGGGCCAUGAUAGACUGCACACUCGUAGAACCCUACGCGCCAACGGUAAUCUGCGUCAACGACCAAGUCUCCAAAGUGUGGUCCAAAACAUAUAGUUCCAAACCCGCGAGCGCGCCGUGGAAAAGCGAGGACUCGGUGUUCCUAUUCUGGGACGGCGUGAACGAUGUAGGAAACACGUGGUAUAUGCCCGAACAAGAGCGGGCCGCGCUGUGGACAAAGAUCUUCGCGGUUUGGAGGAAGCAGUUGGAUACCUUGUACGAGGCGGGUGCGAGGAACUUUGCGUUCUUGACUACACCCCCCGUGGAUCGCAGUCCGUUGGCGCUGACCAACUCGCCGGAGCAGCAGAAGACGGAGAAGGAUGCGGUUGCGGUGUGGAAUGGGAAUUUGACCGAGUUGGUGAAGGGGUUUAAGAAGGAGAAGGCGGAUACGAAUGUUUUUACUGUGGAUACGAGUGAGAUCUUUAAUAAGGCGAUGGAUACCCCGACUGCGUUUAAGGAGACGGCGGGUUUGAAGAAUACGACGGGCUUUUGUGCGGAUUAUGCAAAGUGAGUUGUUCUGAUGUUCUCUCUUUUUCGAUAUGGGAUGGGUGGGAAAUGGGAAGUGAAAGGUUUGGCAAGCUAAUGAUUAUCGUAGUGGUACGCCUAAGCAAGAUACUUUGAUUCCCGCUUGUGGCGUGGCGGUAAAUCAGUACUUCUGGUUGAAUAAUUUACAUCCUACAUCGGCCGUACAUGAGGUUGUAGCAAUUAGUGUGGCCAAGGCGUUAACUGACGGACCCAACAUUUGCUAG